AUGGCUUCAAUAAUCCAACGAAAGACGAGGUUCUACUGUCCUCUGGCUCGACUAUCACUAUCAGCCAUACAGCCAGUUCGAGCCCAGUCAUCAUUGUCCAAGUUUGCCCGUGCGAAAGCAUUCCCUGUGGAAGAGAGCGAGAAGAAAGAACCCACGCUCUUGACUGACUUAUUCUCUGUUCGAGGAAAGAAAGCGAUAUGGACUGGGAUAACAGGGGGUCUAGGGAAGUCUCUUGGGAUCGCACUAGCCGAAGCAGGAGCAAAUGUCGUCUCAAUCCAAUUGCCAGGCGAUUCUGCGGUCGGGACUUUGGAGAAGGAGGUGCGCUCUUUUGGCGCUGAAUUUCAUCGAUUUGACUGCAAUCUUGGAGACUCUGUAUCAGUUCCCAAGUGCUUCACUGACAUAUGGAUGUCGGGCAUUGUGCCUGAUAUCCUCGUCAACUGCGCUGGCAUAAAUCGACAUGGACCAUUGGAAACUCUGACGGAUGAAGAUAUCAGCCUUGUGCUAGAUGUCAACCUUAAAGGUAGCUUUGUUGCUGCCCAAGAAAUGGCCAACAACUCCUCCGACUUCGAUGCCCCGGGGAGAUCAUCAAUAUCGGGUCCAUGA